AAAGGAGAGAGAGCGAGAAACACGCCAAUAUAAUAUGCAUUGUACAUGUAGUUAGCAGAGUCUAACUUUCCUUACCGAUAUAACAGUACAGCACGUUUUUAUGCACUUGGAGAAACUGUGCUUCUUUUGGUGCGGCGUCGAACAGCCAAGGUCGUGGGAACGUCGAUCAGGACUUGUCACUUCAGAUCCAAAAGGCACUUGGCCUAGACCUGUUUUAGACACUUUGCGAUGUUAGCUGUACGAAUGAUCUGCAUUUGCGAAUACACACGUUGGUAAUGUGAUAUAUGCGUCCGGAUGAGAUUUGUUAACGUUGAAUUGGUGUAAUAGUGAUUGAAGCUUAUGCAGUGACAUCACGCUUGCAGCAUGUCUUUCCUGAAAAAAUUCAACAGACAGAAGAGCGUGGACUUGGAGGAGGAGGCGAGGAAAAAAGAUGAGAAGGAGAAGGCGUCGGAAAUGAGGAGGGCAAAACGUCACAGCGUUCACGUCAGUUCCAGAAGGGACAAGCCAGACGUCGCUGUCGACGCGCAAAGCAAGGAUGAUUCUAUCGUCGAGGACAAGGGAAUGCAGAAGAAAAAGGAAGCGGACAGGAAGGAACGGGAGAGGAGAAAAUUUAAGGACAUGUCGGGCAUGGUGAUGACAAGCUCGAAUGAAUACCCUGUCUUCAUCGUCCACUAUCUCGGGCGGAUGCCGGCAGAUGCCGAGUUUGGGCGCCAGGCCGUGGAGGACCCCGUUCACCAGCUAUGCAAACUCCGUGUGAAGCAGAAACUGCCAAAGACACUUCUGGCGUUUAAUGUUGACGGGAUGAUGUGUCGGGAAGUGACGGGUCCUUUCUUGAAACCUAAGAAGGAAGGAUGUACCUUCUUCAUCCCGCUGCAUCACAUCACAUACGGGGUUGCGUCUUUGACGCAUCCUCAGGUCUUUGCGAUUAUCAGUAAGAUGACGGACGACCCCUCACCAGCCAACCAGGUCCUGGUGCUUCAUGCUUAUCUGUGCGACAAGGCGGAGGACGCUCAGGGACUGACUUACUGGCAGCUUCAGGCUUACAUCGAAGCCUUUGAAGAUCUGAAGAGGAAACGGAUGCUGAAGCAAAGGAGACAACAGGCUAUGGGCAAGCAUGGCCCACCUCCAUCUUUAGAGGCGGGUACCAGUGGUGGUGCUCCUGCAAGUGAUAGUGCUGGCCCUGGCGGUGCUCCUGCUCCCCCAAAUGAUAGUGGUGGCCCUGGUGGUGCUUCUGCUCCUGCUGAUGGUAGUAAUGACGGUGUUGGUAGCAGGUCAUCAACCAAGAGCAAACACAAAAAUCCUCCUACAUCCACCACGUCAUCAUCAUCCUCAUCGGCAUCAUCAUCUACCAAGGUAACGCCAACCCCAGCUCGGAAAACAUCCGACAAGGAUGUAGAUGAAAGACAGGAUAUCGUCAAUAUGUCGCAGAAGCAGGUCCCUGGUAAAAUGAAGAUCGAUGCAUGGCCACCAUCCAAACGAGGCCCCCCUCCCAAGCUCAGAGGGCCCCCACCAACUCUGGAACCGCUCCAAAUUGGUGGCCCUCCUGCAGGGCAGAAUGGGAGAUCCGCACAGGGUAGGACGGACUCCAAGGACUCAGCGUAUGGUGAGGGCGAAGAUGAGUUCCCCAUCGCCUUCUCGCCGACUUCAGCGUCGGCAUCGCAGUCGUCUUCGAUGACGGGAUCGGUAUUCCCCGGAAUCGCUCCGAGGAGGCCGAGCGAGUCCGAUCCGAACAAGACUGCAUCUUUUGAGAGCAGAAUCAGUGAGCUGCAGAACCUUGUUACAAUGGAUGCUGAGAAACUCAAACAGCUCAUGAUCAAUGAUUACCCAACACUGUCAAGAAAAAUCCUCUACAAGAUGGCCAUCGAUCAAAAUGGCGUCGUUACAAGGAAGGAAACCCCAGAAGACGACCAGGGGCCGACAUCGACAAAGACGGUCGCUGCUCCCGACGACAGCAUUGUAUAACAGCAGCGGGACGACGACAUCGACUUGACUAUUCUUGCCAGCGAAUAAGUGUAUAUUGACGAUAGAGUGAGUGGUGAUCAUUGCCGUCAUCGACAACGCUUUCAUCAUCUUCGUCGUGGUUGUUGUCAUCGACACGACAUUCUAGUCCUACGUCAAUGUUAUUGAUGUCCAUUUUUGGUGUUUGUGAGCUUCAAUAUCAUCAUCUUAUUAACUGUCAUCAUCUUAUUAACUGUCAUCGCGUUUACUUAAACAUCUAUUUGCCGAAGUUUGUAUGUGUGAGUAAUACUUCGGACACAUCGCCAAACCGACUCCAAACCAUUGAGAUAUAUGCAAUUUUUUAUUAUUUCUCUUUGCUCCAAAGCGACCAAUUUUGGGCCAUUAGGGGUAACGGAUUCCACGCUCGGACUGAUAUCGGUCUCGUUGAUGAAACUGGAGUAUAACUACAGUAGCUCCUCACUUUGAAAAGAAACGCAGAACGCAAAGAAUUCAUUUACAUUUUGUGUUGUUCUUGUUUUACGAAGGAAGGGGGAUGGUAAUCUCCUUCAAUGAACAAGUUACGAGACUGACAGCCCGCGAGACCGGCAUUCUAUAAGAGGCCUGCAGGCCACGUGAUCGACAGCCUACGAGACCGAUAGCACACGAGACCGAUAGCACACGAGACAAAGAGCUCCGAGAGGUCCAUGCAAGAAAUUUUAGGGGAGAUAAAUUGCGUUCAUGAACAUUGGAAAAACCAAUGGAUUACGUAAGGAAAUAUAUAUAGAGAGAGAAGGGGGUAGAUAGAGGAAAACAAAGAAAGGCCUAUAUAAUUACAAUAAGAAAUUGCAUAUGAUACUUAAAGAUAGAAAAUCAAAGAAAUAAACGAGAAAAUAAAGAAUAAGAUAGUCGCUGAAUACGUAGAAGGCUCACAAGAAUAUUAUUAGUCUCGCAGGCCUUUGGUCUCGUGAGAGCCGCACAUGUAGGUCUAUACAGUAGUGCUUCCAUUAUAAUUAUAAUGGUUAAUGUGAAUAUUGAAAUAACCUAUAUCGCUGUCUAUAAAAUUGCAUUGUUAAUAUUUUUCAUCAAAAUGAUCAAAAUUUAUUAUGUAGAUUUUGUCUUCAUCUUGUUUCUUUAUAUUUUGUUUAAAGUGUAUUUUGAUACGAAUUUUUGCAUAAUUUCGAAAUGUUCAAAGGUAUGAAAAUUAUUGAAUUAUAUUGUAUAGCCAUAUCGUUGCGAAGAUUCAUUUUCUCACUCUGUUACAUACUACGAAAUUUAAAACUGAUCCCUAGACUGUUGUUAAUAUAUAAUGUUUAUAUUAGUUCUUUUUCGUUGAUGGUAAUAAUUCUUGUCAUAAGGAGAAUUGUAUACCUCCGUAUAGAAACUAGAGCGUAGAAGGCAUGAAUAUUUCUUCCUGUAUUUUUCUCUCUUUACAUUGGUGUCUACAAAAUGCAAUUAGGCUGAAUUACUUGUUUGUUUUGUAAUGUCUUUGAAAUAUAAAGUUAACUGUCGGGGUAAACUGGCAUACGUGCACGUACCUCUUAUAGCUAAAUGACAAUCCAUUGUACCUUAUAUUAUAUACUCAUUCAAAGGCUGAAGUUUGUAUGCAAGCGAGUGAUUAUUGUUGUACACGGUGCGUCAAUUUCGAUUGCGUCAUUACAUGCGCUAAUAAUAGAGCGCUAAUAUAGCAUGCGCCAAUAAGUCAACGCAAUAUUACACUUUUCAUUUUGCAUUCAGUGCUUGUAAGAUAUCUCUCUCAAAGGCGCGUCAAAAAACGCGCCAGUUGCUGACGCAGCAGUACGACAGCAAAAUGAGACCUCGUAUGCAACGGGUCUUAAAGGUAUAGACCAGUUUUGGAAACACCCCCCCCCCC